CUCGUUACAGCUGGGAAAAAAUAAAAUUUGUUUUUUAGCAGUCUUAAAUAUGCCUAACUUGAAAGGUAAAGUAUGUCUUGUUACUGGAGCAUCAAGAGGCAUAGGAAAAGGGAUAGCUCUUCAAUUGAUAACUAAUGGAGCCACUUGUUACAUCACAGGAAGAGAUAUUGCUAAGUUGGAAGAUGUUAAAGCAGAGGCCAAACACAGAGGUGCAGAAGGUAAAUGCAUCCCAGUUCAAUGUGAUCACAGCAAAGAUGAAGAAAUUAAGAAAUUAUUCGAACAAAUUUCAAACGAACAAAAUGGAACAUUGGAUUUGUUGGUUAACAAUGCUUAUUCUGCUGUUACAUUUGUUUUUGGAUACACAAAAACGAAUUUCUGGGAUCAGCCAAUAGAUUCAUGGGAUAUUGUCAACAAUGUUGGCUUAAGAAACCACUAUCUCUGCACUGUAUAUGCUUCAAGAAUGAUGGUCAAACAACGACAAGGUCUUAUUAUAAACGUCAGCUCUGCUGGUGCUGUUGCACCGUUUCUCACUCCGUUGUAUGGGAUUGGAAAAGCUGCGAAAGACAGAAUGGUAGCAGACUGUGCUACAGAGCUUAAGAAAUACAACGUAGGAUUUAUUUCUUUGUGGCCUGGACCUGUAAAAACUGAACUGCUUCUUGGAGACACAAGGAAAACGUUUGAAAGUCAUGAAACAAUAAUAAAGUACGGAGAGACACCGGAGUUCAGUGGAAUGGCUGUAUCCCAUCUUUUAUGUGAUAAGAACAUACUUAAAAGAACUGGUCAAGUUUAUUUAUCAGCUGACAUUGCUUCUGAAUAUGGCUACACAGAUAUUGAAGGUCAGAUUUUUUGCAACUAACUU